GAUACGUGUGACGUUUAUCAGGUAUCGUAUUUAUUUUGAAGUGUUACUGCGUCUCUUUUGUUUGUCGAGCGAUGGGCGAGGGAGUGUAAACGUUUUAUAAAAGUGUAGUCGAGGUCCUCGAGCCGUGGUGUUUUAGUGAAAUUUGCGUUCAAAAGCGAACUGGACGAAUCCGGGUGAGUUAACUUCAUUAUUUGUGCCAUCAGAAAGGAAAUUUUGCGAUUUAUCCUGAUUUAAUUCCCGUGACGGCGUCACAUAUGGCGAAGUGCAGCUGUUCUUUGUUUUCGUCCAACAUAAUAUUAAAUUGAGUCGUCCAUUUUGUGAAAGCAAAAUCCGAGUCGUACCUGAAGAACCGCUCUCGACGUGUUUUUAAGCGCAAAAUUCAUGCCCUUGGCUUGUGAUAACCAUUAUUCACACCCAUAUAAUAAUCUGUUACAAGUUUUUAAAGACUUUAUUAGACUUAUAAGGGCUGUUGGUUUAUUUGCAUCUGCGCUCACGGUUUUACCAGAUAAUAUGGCGAUGACAAAGAAAACCGACACCAGGAGCAAAAUUGCCUCCCAGGUGGCUAAUAGUCGAGGUGCCAUGCUUCCAAAGCACAACCCUCAAGGCUUGCCCCCCAGUCCCAGUAGUCAGGGUGGGUCGCCAUUGAGACUGUCUCCAGUAAGGAGAUCACCAUCAAGAUCUCCAAGUCCCAGAUCAUCACCGGGCCUUAUUGCGGGCUUCUAUGCCGGCUGUAAGUUCACAGAGCCCCCAUCAGCUUCCGCUCUGCCAUUGCCCCCUGAACAUUGGAUGGAAUCUAAAAAAUCUGUGAUUUCACCUUUCCAAGUUAUCAAUUAUCCUUCAGCUGCCAAUCAAUGCCAUCAUGACUUUACUCAGCAGUUGAAAUUGUUACUUAAAGUGCAAGCCUAAUCUGGAGGCAGUUUUAUCUUGUAACAAUAGUUACAAACUUGCAAAAGACAUUUAUCUUUAUAUAAUAUAUAUAUUUUUAUGAGUGGAUAUGUUGAGAGCAUGUCAUUUAAAUUUAGAUAUAUGUUGGUAGCGAGUGAACACGACAAUAUUAGGAAUACUAGUUAGGUUGUUUUGCCAUGGCCUAAUAGUGAAUUGGUAAAUGUCAGAAUUAAAGAAACUUUGAAAUAAUGUACAAAGUUUCAAUAUCAUUAGUUUGUCCUGUUCAGCCGCCCUGUGAUAAUGCAAUCACAAUGACAAAACUGUGGUUGCCUUAUAAUAUUAGGAAUCUAGUUUUUAGUGUCUAAAGCUAAUCUAAUCUGUUCUUAAUGUGAUUUUUUUGUUUUACUAUUGUUAACAAUCGUAAGAGUAUAAAUUUUGGGUUUGUAAUGAGAGCAGAGCUCAAAUCCGUGUGUGAUAUGAUGUUAGCUUUUUAAUUAAGACACAGUAGCAUUCAAAUAUUUUCUGUUACCAUUGAAUACCUUCAGCAGUUUCUCUUUGCCGCUAGGCCAGUACUGAUUUUUGGAGGAAAUGCUGAAAGAAAUCACUGGUGACAUAUCUUAAGCUUUAAUUAGUUAAGUAUUUUGCAAAUCUUAGUUGAAAAAAAAAUUAUAUUUUUAAAAUAUUUGAAUGCUAUUACAUUCUUGAGGUCAAAAACUCGUCAAUUAUGACGCAUAUUUUUGUUAAAGAAAAGUACAAAUUAGUAUCACAUAAUAUCAUGAUGUCAUCUUAAGAGUUUUAUAAACAUCUGACAAAGAAAUUUUCUUCAAAAGUUAUAAUAAAGGUUAGUGUAGAAUAUAAAACUUUUUUUUACAUAAAAUUUUAUUGAUAUAUAUAAAUGAUAUUUCAUUUUUAACUCCGCCUUUAGAUGUUUAUAAAACUCCCCACAAAUCCAUUGAUAACUAAUUGGCUUUAACUUUUUUUUUUAAUUAUAUUGAUAAUAAAGGAGUUCCUUAACUUAACACAAUAAUGCUUUAUUGUGGGAAGUGCAAUAUAGUGUUUUAACUCCAUAUUAAUAGUAUGUAAAUUUUCAUUACAAGAAAUUCUAAUUCAUAAAGUAUAGUAAUUUACUUUUUUUUAUUAAAUCAUAAGUUUUUGUUUUUUUUAUUAGGGGGGAAUUAGAAUUUCUAAUAUUAUGAAAUUGUGUUUAGUUUGUAGAAUCUCAGAUCUCAGUAGUAUUCACUAAAAAUGAGUCAAAAUUUAUUAUGUAAAACUUUCACCUCAUCUCCAUCCUUUAUCUGUGAUACCUUCCAGAUUUCCUUCCUAUCCCUGUUACUUGUCCAAUUUUUUCUGCUAUUUUAUCAACUGACUUUGCAUUUUAAGUGCCCUUUUGCUUUUAACCUAACAAAUCAAGAAACUAGUUUUAUAGUUGAUUGAUUUGCUUUUUAAGUGUGAUUUUUAUUUUUUACACCUUUAUAUUUCCUACAUAAACAUAAAAAUAAAACAAAAAAAAAAAGGAAAAAUAUUCUUGUAAAGUAAAAGGGCACUAACAUUCUUAAUAAUUUUUUUAAUGAUUAAGCUAACUGUUAAACUUUUUUUUGCGAAUAGAUGAAAUUCACUAAUUUGGUUUUAUCAUUAUUAUUACACACCUUUGUUCACAUACCUUUUGUUCAUUCCAUUACUUAGUUUCAAACCAAAAAAAGUAAAUUUAGAGGUUUAGGCAUAUUAUAUAUUGUUAUAUUAGUUUUACCAUAGUUUUAAAUAUUUAUUGUGAAAGUUUAAUAGUUAGUUUAUUUUUCAAUUUGCAAAAUUUGGACACUACUCCUUUUCCUUCCCUUUCUUCCUUCUCUUUCUUUUCCUUUCCUGGGGCUUCGGCUCCACCCAAAUAUAUAAAAAAGAAAUUCGUAGACGAUAAGCUAAAAGCUUUCGUUUUGCUGUGGUUUAUGGUAAGUCAUAUUAUAUUUGAUAAAAAUUUAAUUUAAUGUUUUCUGGUCUUUUCGAAAAUUAAAAUUUGCAGAGU